GUGCUCCAAACACUUUGUUUCUUUCGCAGGGAACCAUUACUUUGCGUCUGUUGUAAUCCCUGUACUGAUAUUUUCCUCGUCCCUAAAUGAGCAGUCUCAAAGAUAUAGCCAAAGGAGGCUGGCACCCCAAGGGCAAGGAUGGGGGAAAGGAAAGCUGGCGGGGCGACUUCAAAGGCAUUGAUCAGGUGGCAGGAUGGAUGGGCAAGAAGAAGACGAGCGACUACGGACGUGCGCAGGAGCAUACUUCCACACCCUUGAACCAGUUGAAAGACCCGGCUUCAUUCGGGCCCCCUCCUAAACGGAAUACCUACGGCUCCUCUGCCGCUGGAGGAAGCACCACGCAAGCGUCGCCAUCAAGUACAAUACCAGGAACGCGUUUGACGUCCAGUACAGGCGGUCUCGGCUCGCCGCUCACAAGGGAGCAGCUCGAGGAGGACAGACGACUGGCCGCGCAACGCGUCGAGUCUCAGCGGCGCAUCGAAGAAGAGCCGAAGCACCCGACUGGCCCGUAUAGAGCAGACACAACUGGCUUAAGUACGGCCGGUCUACCACCCCCGCCGAAGUUCAGAGGUGCCUCAAGCACCAGUCCUGAGAAAGGUGCGGUCGCAAAGCCCCCACCACCAAGCCUGCCACCGAGAUUGCCUCCUAGACAGGCUGCGGCACCCCUCAGUCCGCCGCCAGCGUAUAGUCAACAGUCAGGCCCAGAGAAUGGGGUGCUCAAUCACGGGGCGGUGAGCAGGCUGGGCGCCGCUGGAGUAAAGGUACCUGCCCUAGGCAUUGGAGCAAGCAACAGCAGUGCAUCUCCUCCGCCUCCGCCUGGGCAGUCACCAACAGCAGGGACCAAUGCAUCGCAGCUCUCAGAGCUGCAGUCUCGCUUCUCGCGUCUAAAUUCGGGAUCAACAUCUCCGUCCGCGGCGACAGCGGACAGCAGCGCUCAAGGCACGACAUGGGCGCAGAAACAAGCUGCACUCAAGACGGCGAGCAACUUCCACAAGGACCCUACGUCCGUGUCGCUGUCGGACGCGCGCAAUGCCGCGAGCACGGCGAACAACUUCCGUGAGCGCCACGGGGAGCAGAUCGCAAGCGGAUGGAGGGCGGCGAGCGGGUUGAAUCAGAAAUACGGGAUCAGUGACCGCCUCAGUGGCGGCGCCGCAGCCUCCUCAGCGGGUUCUCCGUCGUCGGGUCCAACAGGAGAACAUGAGCAGGAGACUGGCGUGGUUGGUGCAUCGGCCGCGGGGAAGAAAAAGCCCCCGCCUCCGCCGCCGGUGAAAAGGGUUGGGUUGGGAGGCGCGGGGCCGUCGGUUCCUCCACCAGUGCCUCUUGCAAGCAAGCCUAGUGUGCCCUGACGAUUGACAACGUGGGUCACGGAUUAUUGUCCAAGGUUGCACCACAUACUGUAUAGUGCUACUCUAGCGUACAUAACUGGUUGGCGCGGAGACACUAAGCCGGGCCCGGAUCUACUGAGUAGGCCGACUCAAUUAUCUUUAACUAGCUUCUGCUGCACUGUAUCUGAGAAGAGUGCAGGAACGACAAGAAGCUCCUGGGCAUACGCACGCACGCGUUGAGUUGACGAGCAUUCCCUGCAGCAGAUCUCAGUUGCGUUGAGACGCAGAAGCGGGCGGAUCCUGUCUCGCUUUUUGAUGAGGUUCCCGUUAGAAAACCAUGAGGACAGAGGAUGCCGAGAUGAAGGCGAAUUUCCCGAUGCUAGCACAAGUUCCGAGGCAAUCUGAGAAAGGAGGAAAAAAAGCAACAAAAUUGAUUGACAGGUCAGCGGUAAUGUGACAUUCCGAUCGCAGGUUAAUUUUUUCUUUGCUUUUUUUGCGUUUUUUUUUUUUCUCGUGAAUUGGUACAUCACAUGUGCCGCUCGCAUUUCUUGUUGAGACGCACAUCUCUCUAGAGCAGACGAAUACGUAAACAGCCAAGUACUGGUCGGCAGCCCGGAUCUGAGCUGAGCGUAUGCACGCUCGGAGAUGAAGAGGCCAUGGAUCACUAUCUCUUAACAUCUCUCAAGUUCCCACGCACUUGCACAUGAACUCGACAUGCAUGGGAGCUGCACUUGCUGAAAGAAUGUGAUUUGGGGGGGUGCGAAGGGAGGAAAUGAGCAGAUGCAAGAUCUG